AGUCGGAGCCGUUACUGGCUCGAGCCGCCGUGGCCACGGAGCUCCCGCCAGCAGCGCUGUGCGCUGCACCCCACCUCGCCCACGCGUGAGAUGGACACUUCCGCGCAGCGACCCGUGGUGCGGGCCGACAUCGGGGUCCCCCCGCUGCCGGCCUGCGCGCCUGGACUUGGCCCCCGGCCCCCCCCCCCUGGCCCCCUUGGAAUCCCGCGCACCUGAGGCCGCCGCUGCCCCUGCGUUCCUCCUGCGCGUGGCCCACCCAGUCGGCGACAUGGGGCAGGCCGCUCAGGCCUGGUCCCUCGGCCCCGACGCGGCGCUCAAGCCCGAGCCGCCGCGCCGGAGGCACGGCCCUCCCGGCAGCACGCCCGCCGCGCCGGGGUUGCGCGCGGCCUCGCGGGCGCACCCUGCGGCGCCGGCGGGGGCCUCGCGGGCGUCGGUGGCGCUGCGCGCCGCCGGCGCCGCGGCGCUCGCGGCCGGGUGCGGGCUGGUGGCGACCCCGCGGGGUGCAGGGCGGCGGUCGGCGCGGUCUUCUCGCCGCCGGGCGUCGGUGGUCGCUCUGCGGGCGGGCGCGCCGCCGCAGCCGCUGCCCUUCUUGGGCGCCACCGUGCGGCGGCUGCGGGUCGACAAGGCGAAGGGCGGGGUCACGGAGCGCGAGGAGCGCGAGGAGGUCGGGCCGCCCGCAGAGCUCGCGGUGCGCAGGCCGCCCAGGCAGCAGGGGGUGCAGCGGAAGAUCGAGUGGCAGUUCUCCGUGGAGUCCCGGACGAGGUCGCUCUUCCUGACGCAGGCUCCGGAAGAGGACACCUAUCAUCCCGAGAUCGCCCUCUUCGGCCUGAGCAACGUUGGCAAGUCCUCACUGAUCAACUUCUUGUGUCAGAAGAAGCUGCUGUCGACCGUGUCGAAGCACGCGGGCCACACCAAACUGUUGCACCACUUUCUCCUCAAGCCGAAGGGACUCCUUCCGAACAAGAAGAUGGAAAAGGAUGCGUGGUUCCUGGUUGAUCUUCCAGGGAUCGGUGGGUUCGAAGAUGCCAAGAGCCCACUAAACAAGAAGGCAAUUUGGAAGCUGGACAGGAGCGUAACAGCUUACGUCCGACAUCGCUCUACAUUGGUGAACAUGUUUUUCUUGGUAGACGCGUCCAAGCCCGUUAGGGCCAAUGACCUCCAGGGCAUCAAAUGGCUCACAGACAUUGGGAUGGAUCUUACCAUCGUCUUCACAAAGAUGGAUAAGAAACCAGAGAGGGGGGCUCUAUCGACGCACCCCGGGGGGCCUGCAGAGUUGAUGGAGGCGGAGCUCGUCGCUAUGCAAGAGUCGCCGUUCUUGGCGAGCGUGGCGGACAUGCCCCCGAUGUUCGAGACCAGUAGUGAGAAGAAGCUCGGGCGCGACAAGCUGCUCGAUCACGCGAUGGAGCUCGUGCAUGCCUGGAAGGUGGGGCGGCGGCGCCACUUCAAGCAGCUGGGAGGCGGCGCCAACGCAUGGCUGCCCGGUGAGAAUGACCUGGACGGCGCGGAAGGCGCCAAGGCGCGGCGGGGCAAAACCAGGGUUCCAAGUGGGCCGCCGCCGGAAGCCAUGGGCAUCCGCUGAGCGGAACAGGUCACAGCCGUGAGCCUUUGGCAGCCAGGGCCCAGCGCCGAGGCCGCAGAGCUGGAUCGACCAUCGAGGCGGAAUGGCGAGACGAAAGCAUGCCAAAGCAAUGGUCCUC